AUUUCUUCUCGCCCCUUUUCGCCUUUUAUUUUAUUUUCAUUUUGCUGUUUCAAUUCCCCUUUUUAUCUUUUUUUCUUGUUACGAAUUUUCUGUUACCACCUUUUAUCACGCACCAUUUUCAUUUUCAUUUUCAUACUCUCUCUUUCCUUUUUUUAUUUGACACAUGCACAACUACAAUUCCGCCUACAUAGCUCGGUUGGCGCACGGAAAGCGGCGACGCUCUGAUGCUGACGAGCUCGAGUAUACAAUGCCCGAAGAGCCGCUGCGCUUGGACAAUGUCAAGCGCCUGCGCAGCUCAGUGUUUGGCCACUGGAAGAGCCAGCCACACGAGCUGACACUGCCACAACAACAUGCGCCGACACCACCGAGCACCACAGCUGAGCUAUGGCAGCAGCAGCAGCAUCAGGCGCAGUAUUUACACCAAAUGGCGAUGGCGCAACGCAGCGUCAAUGACCAUUCUUACCAUCACAUGACUGGCGCCAACAAUUUAAACGAGCUACCUUACUGUGAACCGCCCAUGAAUUGCCCGCAACAGCUAGCACAGGGCAAUGUUGGGGUUGGACCCACUAUUUUGGCCACGCCGACCAUAUCGCCCGAUAGCUUUGGCUGCUGCGACAGCGAUGGCGACGAUGAAAUGGAGGAUACGGGAAUUGAUCCUUCCAGUGAGUACUACCACAUCAACACACUACUCAACCAGCUACACCGCGAGCGCACCCUGCGUCGGAAUUAUCAGUAAUCGCUUAUGGGUCGGGCUGGGUUGGUCUCCCGACUUGUCUUUUUGAAUGUGUUUCUCAAGACAUAAAAAAAUAAAAACUAGCUUUGUCCCUUCCUCCCCUUUUCCCUCUUCCUAUUCCCCUGCAAAGGGUUGCAGCAUCAAAAGAGCACACAAGAUCGCCGCAGCUUUUUUUCUGCAUUUCAGUACACUCUUUCACAUUCCCCUAUUCUUGCUGUUGCAAUUUGCGGGAAAUAAUAAUUUGCUUUUUUUUGCUUUUUUUCGCACGUCCAUCAACCCCAUCACUAUAUUUGCAUUUGCUUGUUUGUUUUUCUUUUUUUUCCUCUUGUCCA